ACAAGGAAGUUUUGGAAAUGUUGAAGAUAAGGAGGCAGAGAGUGGAGAUGGAGAGGGAGAGUUGGGUUUUAGCCGAAAGUGAAGAUGAGUUAAAAGAGAAAGAGAGGACAAAUGGCGGAAGGACAGUGAGCCAACGACGAGAGAGAGAGAGGUGAUGAUGAAGGUGGAGUUCAUAUCUGCUACAUGCAAAUGCAGAUACUGCGAUCAGUUUCUUUGAAACGCCUAUAAAUGCCUCUUUCUGGCACCCAACACGCCACACAGAAGUUCUCUCUUUUCUUCUUCUUCUAGCCGCUCUUCUUUCAAUUCUUCCCAGACCCAAACGUUCUCUAUUUCUCUUCUUCUAUAUAGUGACGCCUCUUUUAUUCCAAUUCUUCCAAACCCACUCUCUCUCUCUCACACUCACACACACAGAAAUGGCAACUAAUAGGGAAGCUUUGAACCAACAGCUUCAGCAAAUCGUCAAUUCUUUGAAGGAACAAGGAAUACUUGAUAACCAAUUCGGGAUUGUUCAUUCAUUGAAAGAGUAUAACAGCCCAUUCUUUCUGGCUGAGAUGAUACCAAUGUUCUCCCAGAAUGUUCAAACUAUUCUCAGAGAUUUGACCCGAACGCUAGAAAAAGAACCUGUGAAUUAUUAUGAUUUGGAAGAGUACUGCAUUAAGCUGAAAGGAUGCACAUCAAGUAUUGGUGCACGUCGAAUGGCUCUUGCAUGUGUCACUCUUCGUCAAGCGGUGGACAACAAGAAUAAGGAUGGAUGUGACUCAGCUUUGAAUGGGAUGCGGCAUGAAUACCAAAACCUGCAAAGCAGCCUGGAUAUAAUUCUUGAGCUGGAAAGGAGAAUUGUGAGUCAUCAAGCUUGAAAUGUAUCCAACGAGGAGAGAGCUGUGGGAGGAUUUGCUGAGUGUCUCAUCACAUAUAUACUAGACAUGGAGGGCUUUUGGUUUAGUAUGUACUAGUAAGUAGUCUAGUACAUAGAAAAUGAAGGGAGUAAGUUUAAAUCAUGGGUUGGGGUUUUGGAUUUUUUUUUUUUUCUUUUUUCCUUUUUCCUUAUUUCCUUUUUUCAUUUUCUUUUUUUCUUUUUCCUUUUUUUUUUGUUUUGUUUUUUUUUUUUUUUUUGGUUGUUGAAGUUUAUGAUGACCAGUUUCAUCUGGUCAUCAGAUGCAAUUUUUAUAGAAACUCUUCAGUUUGGA